CUAAAACAUAAUACAGUGCAAACAAACCAAACCAACCACCCACAGAUAACAGUACAUACAAGCAAGCGUCAUCAGGCAGGCCGGGUCAAUAUCAAUAGGGCAGGUAGGUACAGGGGGAGCAAGCGGAGAUGGGUCGGGGUCACAGGCCAGGUUCAGCAGGUAGCAAGCAGCGUGGUACAGAGGGUCAGGCAGAGGGAUGGUCAGGAGCGAGCCGGGAUCAGAGCAGGAGAAGUCAGCAGCGGUUCAGAUCAGGCAGGGUCAGCAAAGGAACAGAAACAGGAUGCAGGACAGAUACAGGGCCCAGGACAAACACAACACCAAGGCAGAGUCUGCAAGUCUGGCCAU